CACUUAGCAACAGUACCUGGAUGACACUCAAUGAUUCUGUUAGCUUCUCGUAUGAGAUCUUCAUCAUUAACGCUAAUCAUGAUCACAAUAAUGACACUAAUCCAUUUACCAGGCAGUUCCCUGGUAAUGAAAAAGGAUUCCUCUUCACGUACUUGCUGUUCAGCAUAUUCUAUGUCAUUCUAAUCCCAGUACACCUCCUCUCUCAUCUCAAGUACACUAUCAAAUGUAGGACACCUCAAAUUAUUAAUCUCUUUUCUCUCGCUCUCGUCUUUGAGGGGAUCAACAUUUUCUGUGGCCUGAUACAUUACGGGGUCUACGCUCACAAUGGAUAUGGGGCCCCGCCUCUUAAUUACAUGAAGACCUUCUUUAAUUUGGUCGGGGAUUGGUUUUUGAUUAUAGUCCUGGUUUUAAUCGCUGGUGGGUGGAUGGUAACACUGAAGAUCGUUAAAUGGAGACUGGCUUCUUUUAUAUUCAUCUUUUUGUAUAUAUUUGUCACAAUCAUUUAUUACAUCGCCACUGUGAUAUACAUGAAUCUCCAGCCUUGGGAUACGUUCCAUCCAUUACAGGAAUGGCCUGGAGGGAUCUACCUAACUGCCCGAGGCCUGCUACUCUUUUACGUUUGGUACCAAAUAUAUCACAUCCAUCGUCAAGAGGAUAAGCUGAGGAAGCUACGCCUCUAUCGGGCAUUAUUUGGAAUAUUCACAGCCUGGUUCUGGUACCUGCCGAUAACUGUUUUCAUAGUUACACUGAUUAAUCCUGUUGUGUCUUGGGUGGUGCUCAUUAAUAUCAUGAAUACUAUGAAUUUCAUCGUCAAUGUUGUCAUGACAGCUUUAUUCUGUCCAUUCUGGUCUCACGAGUAUUUCCAGUUUCAGUUUAAUGUAGAAACCUCCUCAAUGACCUCUGCCCUCAUGAACAGCUCCAGCUACACUAAGAAGUAUCAAAUGAUGAGUGGCAAUAGUUAUGACCAGAGAGAAGAUAAGGACUUGAUCCUAUGAAGAACUUAAGUGGAAGCUUAACAUCAGGUAUUAAACUGGACAAGAAAAGUUUAAUAAUAGACUUGUUAUCUAUCUAUCUAUAUUAUUUGUAUUU